CGUCACUUCCCAGUUAAACGUGGCUGCCUCACGACUGAAGGAAGGAGUGGCUUUGCGAUCUGUCAAGUUAAAUGAAUUCUCGUGAAAAUUGAUGACUUAUCGCAUCGAUUAAGUUGUUUCUGUGUGCUUAAUAUUGAUAAUUCAUCGUGCAGUAGUUUUAAACUACAAUAAAAAUGUCGUCUUCGGGUGAUUUUUGUAACCCGUUACGUAAAUUUAAGCUUGUCUUUCUCGGCGAACAGAGCGUUGGAAAAACAUCUCUCAUCACACGGUUCAUGUAUGACAGCUUUGACAACACGUAUCAGGCUACAAUAGGUAUAGAUUUUUUAAGUAAAACUAUGUAUUUGGAGGAUAGAACUGUAAGAUUACAGCUGUGGGACACAGCAGGCCAAGAACGGUUUAGAUCUUUGAUACCAAGUUAUAUCAGAGAUUCUACAGUUGCAGUGGUCGUAUAUGAUAUUACUAAUGCAAACUCGUUUCACCAAACAUCGAAGUGGAUCGAUGACGUUCGAGCUGAGAGAGGAAGUGAUGUAAUUAUAAUGCUAGUGGGUAAUAAAACAGACUUGAGUGAAAAAAGACAAGUUCCAACAGAAGAAGGUGAACGAAAAGCUAAAGAGUUAAAUGUGAUGUUUACUGAAACUAGUGCUAAAGCUGGAUAUAACGUUAAACAAUUAUUUAGAAGAGUAGCAGCAGCUCUACCAGGUAUGGAUUCCACUGAAAAUAAGCCUCCUGAAGACAUGCAAGAAGUAGUUCUCAAGGACACACCAAUUGAACUGAAAGCAACGGAGAGCAGUUGUGCAUGUUAAACCACCGAUCAGCUUAACGGUAGACAAAACACUUCUUUAAGUUAAUUUAAUAAAUUAAACUUUCGACGUUAGAACGGUGACAUAUUCAGCCUUGUGUUCUUUUCACAGUUUAGAAUGUGGAAAGUGUCAGCACAGUACUGAAUAGGUAUAAUACUUUAUUCAUGAAAAUAUAAAUAUCACACGGUAGCUUAAGUGGACUGCUUUUACACAAUAACGUGUUUCGUUUGUAUCAGUACAGCAAUUCAUGAACAUAAUUUAUUUAAAUCCUCGAAUUUUCCACCAAUGCUGCUUGUUCUUCUUUCUUUGAACGCGUCAAUGGUCGAUAAAUGUCAUAUUUAAAAAGAAAGCAUCGAGGUAAUUUUUUAAUUUUAUAAAAUGAAAUUUUCAAUCGGACGUUUUGUUUUAGCGCGUGUACUUAUCGUAAUUUUAACUUUAAGCAAUGACACUUGAUAUCUUUUGCAUUCUGUAAACAAAAUGAAACUUUCAACGAGAUACUAGUUGUGUGCAUGAUCGGUGUAGCAGUUGCAUGAUGUGGUAAACUUACUUAUAUAUAUACACAUAUAUGUAUAUGCAUAUAAGUAUAUGUAUAAGUUGACAGCAGUAUCCACUGAUCGGUGAAACUAUAAAAUUACGUAUUGCGUAAAUGCAGUCAAGCAUUUAGACAACAACGAUUUAUUGAUUUAAAGUGAUUGCAACAGUCAGCAAUAAGAGUCUUUUAUAUUUAUGAAUCCAAUCAAUUUCAAUUUAAACGAAUGUGCUGAAGAAGAGAACUCGUACACAGAUUGUACCUGCGUGCGAAUUAUUACGAAGAGAAAAAAAUUUCUGAGGGAAAAUAAUACGAAUUUGAACGUCGCAAAAACUAGCAGCUAAUGUUAUCUGAUUUUUUUACGAAUAUUUUAAGAACCCAUUGCUCAUGUGUGAGGGCUUUCCGUGUGUUGGAAUGGCCGCUGCAUAAAUUAACAUAUUGCAUUUCCCGUGGAAGUAUUAUUUAUACAUUUCGAACCGAGUUAAACUCAUUUAGAACGAACGAAGAAGAAACGUUAUAGAUAGAGAAAUUAAGCAAAAAGAUUCUGACAAAUUCAGAUAUGUACAUAUUAACUUAAAAUUGGGAUACGGAUAGACAGAAUGCUAUUAUACCUAAUAUUAUGACAUUUUUGUUAAUAAUUAUUGUAAUAUUUUAAUUUAUAUAAAAAAAACCUCGAAUAGCAUUAUUUUUUUAUGUUGAUUUCUUAAAGUCCACAAUAUUUUCUUGCCAUUUUUCCUUAUAUACAUAUGUAUUUCCUUGUUUCGAAGUUGCUAUGAGACUUACUUACUUACUUACUUACUUUUAUCAGUGUUUGAACGGUAAUUAUAAGUAGAUAUAAUACGCAUACAACAUAUUGUAUGGCAUUGUAAAGAAAAAACGUGACUAACAGCACUCAAUGUAUAAUUUUAAUUAAGGUGCUUCGUGGCUGUAAACCUCUCACUAUUAUUAAUGUUAGGGAAUGUUCCGUCCCAUUUUUGAACUGUUUAAAUUUUAUACGCUUUUUAAUUACAGCUACUCUAGCUUCAAAAAGUAACAAAAAAAAAAACAAAGAAAAGAAAAGAGAAAAAGAAUUGUACAUUUUAAUGGGACUAAUUCUACAAUUUAACGUUUAAGAAACCAUACCGUUUGUAAUAAUAAUAUCUGAAUCGUAUAGUAUCAAACUUAUUAUGCUGCCUGAACGCAAUGGAAAAUAAUUAAAAUCUACAGUAUUGA